AUGCCUUAUUACACGGCACCGGAUAACGACGAACCAGAUGAGUUCAACGAGUACAAUCCGAAGCCGUACAAAGGCGGGUUCGAUCUCUUUGUAACCUACGGACAACCGUUGGAGCCAUGCAAGGCCACUUGCUACCCUCGUUCAACCGAAGGCGAUUUUGAUUACGAACGUCCGAAUUUUGGCUCCGGAAGCAUACCUAGUGCUUAUGGCGGUGGACACGGGUCAGGUCAUGGAAAGAAGCCUGGAUAUGAUGAACGACCUGGUCGAAAAUCCGAGUACGGAGAACACGGAUCUGAAUACGGGGAUUCAGAAGGAUAUAAGAAGUCGAGUCAUAAAAAAUCGAGUUAUAGGAGGUAA